AGCCGAAAGCCGCCAGCGGCCGGGGAGGAGGGGGCGGUCCAGGGCGCGCUGUUGCCGUGGUUACGCGGAGGCACGUGUGCAGCCCCGGAAGCGGCCGGGGGAAGCGAGUCCGUGCGCGCUGCUGGAGGAAGCGCCCUCGGGUCCGCUCCGCUGUGGGUCCGGCUGGGCCAUGGAGUCGAUGUCUGAGCUCGCGCCCCGCUGCCUCCUGCUUCCCUUGAUGCUGCUGUCGUUGCUGCUCCUGCCUGCCCCGAAGCUGGGCCCGAGCCGCGCCCGGGCGGAGGAGACCGACUGGGUGCGAUUGCCCAGCAAAUGCGAAGUGUGCAAGUAUGUGGCAGUGGAGUUGAAGUCAGCUUUUGAAGAAACGGGGAAGACUAAGGAAGUGAUCGGUACAGGCUAUGGCACUCUGGACCGGAAGGCCUCCGGAGUCAAGUACACCAAGUCGGACUUACGGUUAAUUGAAGUCACUGAGACCAUUUGCAAGAGGCUUCUGGACUACAGCCUGCACAAGGAAAGGACGGGCAGCAACCGAUUUGCCAAGGGCAUGUCAGAGACCUUCGAGACCCUGCACAACCUAGUCCACAAAGGGGUCAAGGUGGUGAUGGACAUCCCCUACGAGCUGUGGAAUGAGACCUCUGCCGAGGUAGCCGACCUCAAGAAGCAGUGUGACGUGCUGGUGGAGGAGUAUGAAGAGGUGAUCGAGGACUGGUACAGGCACCACCAGGAGGAAGACCUGACUGAAUUCCUCUGUGCCGACCACGUGCUGAAGGGCAAGGACACCAGUUGCCUGGCAGAGCGGUGGUCUGGCAAGAAGGGGGACAUCGCCUCCCUAGGAGGGAAGAAAUCUAAGAAGAAGCGUGGCAGGGUCAAGGGUUCCAGCAGCGGCAGCAAGCAGAGGAAGGAGCUGGGGAGCCUGGAGGGGGAUGCCAGCCCCGAGGAAGAGGAGGGUGUGCAGAAGGCAUCCCCCCUCCCACACAGCCCCCCUGAUGAGCUGUGAGCCCACCCUAGGGUCCUUGACUCAAGACCCCGACUUGAGGGGGCGAGAGCAUGGGCGUGGCUCCAGCGAGGAUGGCUGUUGCCCAGCUUCCGGUCUCCUACCUUGACCAUGCCCUCUUUCUGCCCUUGAGCAACAGCAAGAAGUGGACUGAUCGGGGGUGGAGAGGAGGGGGUGCAGAAGGCAGCUCUUGCUACACAGCCCCCCCCCACGAGCUCCGGGUCCAACCCAGCAUCCCCAAGCUGAGACCUCUGACCUUGGAGCUGAAGAGCUUGAGACACAGACGAUGACUCGUGCAGUGCCCGGGUUCCCACUUGCCUGUACCCUCUUCAGCAGGGUGGACACAGGCCCAGGGAGGCAGCCAGACCCACCUCUUGCUCCGCCAAGCCUUCUACUCUGCUGGUCAGGUCACGAAUUUCCAAACUUCCAGGAUGAACUCUACACCAUGUGGCAUAAGGGGCUGAGCGGCAGAGCUGGAGCCAGUCCAGAGCCUGCAGAGAGGGCACCUCAGCUGACCCCACCUCCACCGCUCGCAAGGACACCGUGUGCUCUGCCCAGCCCCCCUCCCCAGGGCUACCAGAGUAAACACCUUUUGGCCUUUCAGUCGGUCGCUCUUCCUGGGCCCACUUCAGCCUCCAGAGUGAGCCCUUGUUGCUCCUUUCUGCCUGUCUCUCCCAGUCCCGGGCCUGGGUAGGCGACGAUGCUGUCACCCUCAUUGGAGGCUUGACCUACCAGUUACUAGGAGUAGGAGGAGCAGGUGCUGACUGCUGAGAGCCAGGGCUG